CUGAUAACGUAAUCAUGUCACACGGACAUCACGCUGUUAUUAGUUCGACCAUCUUCGGACAUACAACCGUAGUAUAUCGUAUGCAAACAUGCAACCGUGUUAAUAAGAGUAAAUGUGACCACCUUAUCAGUUAUUGAAAACACAUUUGACUGUGGUAAACAUGUAUGAAGUGGACACAGCCGUUAUGUUUAUGAAGUGGACACAGCCGUUAUGUUUAGCAUGGUAUUCGACCGCGACAUUUAGUGUAGACACAUGUAACUACGGCACGGACCCAUCCAUAUUGUGUUUGACGAAGAGAUUACUACGUCAUUUCCUGCAAACCAUCAUGUCGGACAUUCCAGGAAGUGGUAUCUACUGACGACCAACAUUACGUAAAGAUCGUUAGUAAUCCUGUGUAUACGAUUUGAGGGAAAACAAACGACCCAACAUGAGGGAUGAAAGAGAAAAGACGCCUCUUCUUACCACACUCGACUUGGAUUCGUUAAAGUUUUAUAAAGCGAAUAUUGCGUUAGAAAACGUGACGUCAUUUACGGGCCGUUACUUCCUUAUGGCUCCCUGUAUCCUCGUCCAUUUCUUUUCUUAUGUCUUCUAUAAUUUAGUUACCACGCAAUAUCUAUACGACUUCUUUGCACGAAAAUUAAUACAAAAUGUAACAGCAAUGGAAAUCAACCUGAAUGGAUCCCCGUGUACAAUCAUUGAGGAUUCUGUGUUGUACCAACAACGGACACUUAUACAGAAGGAGACAACGAAGGCGUCCCUCACCUUUGUAAUAGCAGGAUGUGCUCCAGCUCUCUUCAUGGACGUCAUCUUUGGUGUGCUUAGUGAUCGUUAUGGCAGAAAACUGUUUGUAAUCAUUUCUCUUAUUGGAACGUUUGUUAAGACGACAAUGACGAUGGUCGGGAUGCAUUAUAAGCUGAACGCUAGCUAUUUCAUAGUGUUCAUUGCCGUCGAGGGGUUUGCUGGUGGGUGGUGCGCGGUCAUCUCGCUUGGAUUCGCAUUUGUUUCAGAUGUGACGUCAGUGGAUAAAUCUAGAACUAAUUCAAUUUUCCUCAUUGAGAUAUCAGUUGGCCUCGGUUUGGUACUGGCUGGUGUCACUUCCGGUUACUUGAUUGACGGAGUAGGUUUCGUCUACGCCAUGAUGGUAUUAACAGUGCUAAAUGUACUCAAUAUAUUUAUCAUGUUGUUUUGCCUGCCAGACACAGUGAACGAGACCAACUGUGUUAAAGGCAGUUCACUCAGACUCCUCAGGAGUUCGUUUACCUUCUACACUCGGGACACUUCCGCUACAGCAAAACGCUGGAAGUAUAUUGUGUGUAUGUUCAUUUUCAUUUUCUUUAACUUCAGCGCGCUGAGUCGUCAAACAGUUGACCAACUAUACCAGCUCAACGUUCCUUUCUGUUGGGACGCCAUUAAAAUCGGUUGGUAUUCUAGCCUCAGCGAUGUAUCGCGCAAUGUGAUAGGUUUAGCCGUCAUCCGGGUACUCCAGCAUUACAUCUCUGACGAGUUGUUGGUGAUUGUGAGCGCAGUUUCAGGGUGUACGGCCUAUCUGGUGGAAGCGUUCGCUGUCAGUGACGUCAUGAUGUUCUUUGUACCGGUAGUGGGUGUAUUCUCCAUGGUGACUGGCCCAAUCCUAAGGUCCAUCAUGUCUAGGAUGACCCCGCCCGACAGACAAGGUGCACUGUUUGCUGGUCUGGCAAUGGUACAGACCCUCUGUACAAUUCUUGUUGACGUUCUGACCAAGACUGUUUAUCUUGCCACGGUAGAAACCGCCCGGGGGUCAGUCUUCCUCCUUUCAGCGGGCUUUUGUGCCCUCGUCCUCCUCUUUUUCGUGAUAUUCUCAUUGGCAUCGAGGAAGUCGGAGAAGGAAAUGGCUUUAAAUGGGUGACAGAAUGAUGAAACGAAUAAAUGAAAGGGAAUUGCGAUGAUUUAUCAAAUGUAAAAUGAGUUAUGGCAUUGUGUGUGUAAGUGACGCAAAUGUUACGACACAGCGUAGAUGAAAGCGAUGAAAUGACAAAUGUCGGAAAAAUGAAUCGAUGAAGAUCUUUCGUAUCAUGUUGUUAGUAAAUGAAAGGGGUGACCUUUUAUUGGUAAAUGAUGGACCGUGACAUUUCAUUCAAUCGAGGAGUUAACAUGGCAUUGUGCUGGUGAAGAAGGAGCAUGACUCAAUGUCGGUGAAAGAGAGGAGGGUAUGACAUCGUAUUGAUGAAGGGGUGAAAAUGAUUUAGUUGUGGAUGAAGGGGUGGACAUGACUUAGUUGUGGAUGAAGGGGUGAACAUGACCAAGUUGUGGAUGAAGGGGUGGACAUGACUUAAUUGUGGAUGAAGGGGUGAACAUGACAUAGUUGUGGAUGAAAGGAUGAACAUGACUUAGUUGUGGAUGAAGAGGUGAACAUGACAUAGUUGUGGAUAAAGGGGUGGACAUGACUUAGUUGUGGAUGAAGGGUUGAACAUGACAUAGUUGUGAAUGAAGGGGUGAACAUGACGUAGUUGUGGAUGAAGGGGUGUACAUGACUUAGUUGUGGAUGAAGGGGUGAACAUUACUUAGUUGUGGAUGAAGGGGUGAACAUGACCAAGUUGUGGAUGAAGGGGUGGACAUGACUUAGUUGUGGAUGAAGAGGUGGACAUGACUUAGUUUUGGAUGAAGGGGUGAACAUGACAAAGAUGUGGAUGAAGAGGAGAACAUGACUUAGUUGUAGAUGAAGAGGUGAACAUGACAUAGUUGUGGAUGAAUGGGUGAACAUGACUUAGUUGUGGAUGAAGGGGUGGACAUGACUUAAUUGUGGAUGAAGGGGGGAACAUGACAUAGUUGUGGAUGAAGGGGUGAACAUGACUUAGUUGUGGAUGAAGAGGUGGACAUGACUUAGUUUUGGAUGAAGGGGUGAACAUGACAAAGAUGUGGAUGAAGAGGUGAACAUGACUUAGUUGUGGAUGAAGAGGUGGACAUGACUUAGUUGUGGAUAAAGGGGUGAACAUGACAAAGAUGUGAAUGAAGGAAUGAAAAUGACAUAGUUGUGGAUUAAGGGGUGGGCAUGACUUAGUUGUGGAUGAAGGGGUGAACACGACAUAGUUGUGGAUGAAGGGAUGAACAUGACUUAGUUGUGGAUGAAAAGGUGAACAUGACAUAGUUGUGGAUGAAGGGAUGAACAUGACUUAGUUGUGGAUGAAAAGGUGAACAUGACAUAGUUGUGGAUGAAAGGGUGAACAUGACAUAGUUGUGGAUGAAGAGGUGAAAAUGACAUAGUUGUGAAUGAAGGGGUGAACAAGACAUAGUUGUGGAUGAAGGGGUGAACAUAACUUAGUUGUGGAUGAAGAGGUGAACAUGACAUAGUUGUGGAUGAAGGGUUGAACAUGACAUAGUUGUGGAUAAAGGGGUGGACAUGACUAAGUUGUGGAUGAAGAGGUGGACAUGACUUAGUUGUGGAUGAAGGGGUGAACAUGACAAAGAUGUGAAUGAAGGAAUGAAAAUGACAUAGUUGUGGAUGAAGGGGUGGGCAUGACUUAGUUGUGGAUGAAGGGGUGAACAUGACAAAGAUGUGGAUGAAGAGGUGAACAUGACUUAGUUGUGGAUGAAGAAGUGAACAUGACAUAGUUGUGGAUGAAGGGGUGAACAUGACUUAGUUGUGGAUGAAGAGGUGGACAUGACUUAGUUGUGGAUGAAGGGGUGAACAUGACAAAGAUGUGGAUGAAGAGGUGAACAUGACUUAGUUGUAGAUGAAGAGGUGAAUAUGACAUAGUUGUGGAUGAAGGGAUGAACAUGACAUAGUUGUGGAUGAAGGGAUGAACAUGACUUAGUUGUGAAUGAAGGGGUGAACAUGACUUAGUUGUGGAUGAAGGGGUGAAUAUGACAUAGUUGUGAAUGAAGGGGUGAACAUGAUUUAGUUGCGGAUGAAGGGGUGAACAUGACAUAGUUGUGAAUGAAGGGGUGAACAUGACUUAGUUGUGGAUGAAGGGGUGAACAUGACAAAGAUGUUGAUGGAGGGAUGAACAUGACUUAGUUGUGGAAGAAGGGAUGAACAUGACAUAGUUGUGGAUGAAGAGGUGAACAUGACUAAGUUGUGAAUGAAGGGAUGAACAUGACAAAGUUGUGGAUGAAGGGGUGAACAUGACAUAGUUGUGGAUGAAGGGGUGAACAUGACAAAGAUGUGGAUGAAGAGGUGAACAUGACCAAGUUGUGGAUGAAGAGGUGAACAUGACAUAGUUGUGGAUGAAUGGGUGAACAUGACUUAGUUAUGGAUGAAGGGGUGGACAUGACUUAGUUGUGGAUGAAGGGGUGAACAUUACUUAGUUGUGGAUGAAGGGGUGAACAUGACAUAGUUGUGAAUGAAGGGGUGAACAUGACAUAGUUGUGGAUGAAGGGGUGGACAUGACUUAGUUGUGGAUGAAGGGGUGAACAUGACAAAGAUGUGGAUGAAGAGGUGAACAUGACUUAGUUGUGGAUGAAGAGGUGAACAUGACAUAGUUGUGGAUGAAGGGGUGAACAUGACUUAGUUGUGGAUAAAGAGGUGGACAUGAAUUAGUUGUGGAUGAAGGGGUGAACAUGACAAGGAUGUGGAUGAAGAGGUGAACAUGACAUAGUUGUGGAUGAAGAGGUGAACAUGACAUAGUUGUGGAUGAAGGGAUGAACAUGACAUAGUUGUGGAUGAAGGGUUGAACAUGACUUAGUUGUGAAUGAAGGGGUGAACAUGACUUAGUUGUGGAUGAAGGGGUGAACAUUUCUUAGUUGUGGAUGAAGGGGUGAACAUGACAUAGUUGUGAAUGAAGGGGUGAACAAGACUUAGUUGUGGAUGAAGGGUUGAACAUGACUUAGUUGUGAAUGAAGGGGUGAACAUGACUUAGUUGAGGAUGAAUGAGUGAAUAUGACAAAGUUGUGAAUGAACGAGACGACAUAAAUCAUGUUUGGGAAGAAGACAUGACAUUUAGCUGGUGAAAGAGGAAACAUGACAUUAAGCUGGUGAAAGAGGAAACAUGACAUUGUUUUGGUAAAGGAGGGGAAGUGAAGCAUCAUUGUUUAGGGAAUAUGAUUUCUUGUUCGCAUAUCUAUGUACUGCGGAGAAACUCUUUAACAAGGACAACAAAAGUCCGUCAUUUGACGAUGAGAAUACAUGUGUAUAAUUGUUGAAUUUAGAUGUGAACAUGAUACGUGAUGGAAAAUUGUUGAGAUGCUCCGUGUUUCUGUACAAUAAAUCACGGGAUGUUUUAAAAUGUAAAUAAAACAUGUA